AUGGCGGACAACUUCGAGGACGUCCCAGACUCAACAGACUGGCUCUCUACACCCCUCCCCGCCCUCUCAGCAGUCGAAGCCUCCUUACGAUGCCAGGUCUGCAAGGACUUCUUCAAGACACCAAUGAUCACAUCAUGCUGCCAUACCUUUUGCUCCCUCUGCAUCCGUCGCGCCUUGUCCAACGACGGCAAGUGCCCUCUCUGUCGGGCCUCGGACCAGGAGUUGAAGCUGAGGAGUAAUUGGUCUCUCGAGGAGGUUGUCGACUCGUUUGUCAAGGCCAGGAAGGAUACGCUACACUUUGCGAGGACGGCGGGCCAGGACAGCCAGCGAGAACCAAGCGGCAGUGCGGCCAAGAGGAGGCUGGCUGAGGAGAACGGCGAGCAACAGCCAGAGACCAAGCGCCUGAGGAGUUCGACGAGGCUCAGCAGGACGAGAUCUGGACAGGCUGCCGCCGCGCCCGUGCCUGAGGUCGAUGAGGUUGACGAGAUGGAGGAAGUACAGGAGGACAACGAGUCAGAGGACGCAGAUUUCGCUCCCGAGGACGGCCUGGUCCCAUGCCCCAUAUGCAGCACUCGCAUGAAGGAAGCCCAAGUCUUCCGCCACCUCGACACCUGCGACGGCUCGAAACCACCUCCACAACAACAUACAGCCCAAGCCCGCGCAAGCGCAAGCCGUACCCCGACACCAAACACCCCCGCCCGCGGCGCCGGCCCCAGCAGAUCGCACCCGCCUCCCGAACGCCUCCCCGCGCUCGCCUACUCCAUGCUCAAAGACGUCGCCCUCCGCAAAAAGAUGUCGGACCUCGGCCUCUCGGUCACAGGCGGCCGCGUCCAACUAGAAAAGAGACAUAAAGAAUGGGUGACGCUGUGGAACGCAAACUGCGAUUCGGCGCGACCGAAGCGGAGAACGGAGCUGCUGCAUGACCUUGACGUGUGGGAGCGCACGCAGGGUUCCAAGGCGGCCAUGUUUGUGAAGCCGGGUGUCGCGGUCAAGGACAAAGAAUUUGACGGCGUCGCCUGGGCGGCAAAGCAUGAUACCUCCUUCAAGGAUCUAAUCGCAAAUGCGCGCAAGUCCAGAGCCCAAGCGAAACCCAAGAGCGAGGAGGAGGGGAAAGGGACGGCGACUCCAAAGUCAGAAGAUGGCGGGGCCGCUUCAGCAGAGACUGGUGCUCCCAAGGUGGAUUCAGAGAGGAGUGACGCGGCGGUGAUUGAUCUGACAGAGCAACCAACAGACGCACCCAGAGAAGGCGGCGUAGAGGACGGCCCCACGGGAUCCAUGAUGCAGGUCGACAAUCCGGCGCUCAAACCUCAGGUUCCGGCAUCGUCAUAUUACUUACAGGACGGCUUCUCAGAGCCGCAAAUACCGAGCGGUCAGGAGGCGCGGUGA